AUGGGCCUUCUCGCGGCCGGAAUCGGGCUCCCGAUUCUUCUGACCUUUUACUUCCUGAAACUCAGGAGACGCCCCGUUCGGGUCAGUUCCACCCUUCUGUGGGACCAGGCCGCCCGCGAUCUCGAGGUCAACGCGCCCCUCCGGAUGAUCCGGCCGAGCCUGCUCCUCCUGCUCCAUCUCCUCGCCCUCGCCCUCCUCUGCCUCGCCAUCGCCCGCCCGACCCUCGACACGCCCCGAGACGCACCGGGCUCGAUCGUGCUGCUCAUCGACCGUUCCGCCUCCAUGUCCGCCCGGGACGCGGGUGACGCCUCGGCCCCGAUCACCCGCCUUGACUCAUCCAAACAGAUGGCCCGCGACCUCCUCGGGCGCCUCGACGACCGCGUCCAGGUGAGCGUCAUCGCGUUCGCCGCGGAACCCUCCAUCGUCUCGCCCAUGAGCCCGGACCUCGCCCAGGCGAUCCGGGCGAUCGAGGCCGUCGAGCCGACCGACCAGCCGGGCGAUCUGCACCGCGCCCUGCGCCUCGUCGAGGCCAUGACGGCGGGGCAGGCAUCGGAAACAGGCGAGCCGAUCGACACGGCGCGCGUCGUCAUCCUCUCCGACGGUGAGCCCGUCUCGCGCACCGACGACCCGCGGCCCUUCGCGCUCGAUCCGGGAAGAAUCGAGUUCCUCCCCGCCAUCGAGCCCGGCGCGACCCCGCGGGCGAACAUCGCCGUCGUCUCGGCGGACGCCGCCCGCGACGCGGACGACCUCGCCCUUGUCCGCCUCUUCGCCCGCGUCCUGGCCGUGAAUCCCGCGUCCCGCGAGCUCACCCUGACCCUCCGGCUCAACGGCCGGCCCGUCGCCUCGCGCCCGCUCUCGCUCUCCGAAUCAGCCGGGGACCCCGGCGUCUGGGAGGGCUCGAUCACCUUCGAAUUCAACGACGACGCCGAAGGCGGCCUCGCCGUCGUCUCCCACGCCGUCGACGACGCGCUCGAAAGCGACAACGCCUACGCCCUCCGCCUCAACCCGCCCCUCGGCCCGCGCGUGCUGCUCGUCCAGGCGGCGGCGCCGGAGAACGCGAUCGACUAUGUCCUCGCCGAUGCGCUGGCCGUGCCGUCGCUCCGCGUCCAGACGCUCGAAACCAUCACCAUCACCCAGUACGAGCGUCGCCUGCCGCAGAACUCGCGCCCGGGCGAGCUCGUCCGCGUGCGGCUCGAAUCGGGCGACGUGCCGGACCUGGUCAUCUUCGACGCCUGCACGCCGAGCCGUCUGCCGGCGUGCCCGUCGGUCUCGUUCGGCGCACCGAUCCCGCUCCCCGGCCUCAAUCUCGCGCCGCCGGAGAACACGCCCACGCGCGUCGCCUUCUUCCGGCGCACGCACCCCCUCCUGCGCUACGCCGACCUGGGCGACCUGCGCAUCGAGCGCCACCGCCGGCUCACCCUCCCCGAGCCCGGGUCCGCCGUCUCGCGCGUGCGGAUCCUCGCCGAGAGCGCCGAGGGCCCGCUUAUCGCCGAACUCGUCUCGCGCGGCGUGACGCGAGUCAUCGUCGGUUUCGCACUCAGCGACGCUUCUUGGUGGCGCCGCCCGGGCUUCCCGCGGUUCAUCAAAAACACGCUGGACACGCUCACCGAGACCGGCGUCGAGAACACCGCCGCCUCCGCCACCACGACGGACGCCGUCCCGCUCACGCCGGCGCAAGGGGCCGCGGUCGUGCGGAUCUCCGGCCCCGUCGAGCGCACCGUUUCGGUCGGCGGCGACUCCGCCCCGCUCGGCGUCGUCCUCCCCAGAGCCGGCGUCUACGACGUCGACUCCGCCGAUCCCGCGCAACUCCCGAUCAACCUCGCUUCCCCCGAAGAAAGCCGCAUCCGAACGGGCGACGCCCUCGAUAUCUCCAACACCCGCAUCUCCGGCGGCGGCGCGUCGAGCAUCGUGCCGCGGGAGAUCUGGCACUGGUUCGUCCUCGCCGACGCCCAACAGACCGCCGAGCAGAGCACCGAGCAAGCCGUCGAGCUCGAGGCGGAAGAAUCGAAGUUCCGUCUCACGUUCUCGGCGGACGAGCUCAUCGCGUUCGAGACCGAUCUCGAUGACACCGCCGGCGACGUCUCCUCCGCCAGCACCAGGCUCCGCCUGCAGCUCGACGGGGACGUCUCGGACGAUUUUUCCACGAGCCUCGCGUUCACCGGCACGUUCGUGGACUACGAGUUCUCCGGCGUGACCGACCCCUUCCUCGCGUCGCCCGAAGCCAUCGACGACGCGUACGAGCUCGGCGUCCGCCUCAUCGGGCGUCACACCUUCGACGAAACCUGGUCCGCCGUCGGCGGCGGCUUCACCCGCGCCGGCUUCGCCGACAACGCCGACAUCGACGACGCGUUCACCUACGGCGGCUUCAUCGCGGCCGGCUACCGCUCCUCGGACGUCUUCUCGAUCGACUUCGGCGUCCUCGUCUCCACACGCCUCGAGGACGACCUCUUCGUCAUCCCCUACGUCGGGAUCCGAUGGCAGAUCGACGAGACGCUCACCCUCUCGUCCAACGGCCUGGGCGGACGGCUGGACGCGAAACUUGACGAUUCGUGGACCGUGUAUAUCCACGGGCGCUACGAGUCCCACGAGUACCGCCUCGACGACGACUUCGCCCCCGCGCCGGGCGGCGUGAUCCGCGACGAUUCCUACCCCGUGGGCGUGGGCGUCCGCUUCGCGCCGAGCCGGGAUUUCUCGAUCACCCUCGAGGGCGGCAUCAUCUUCGGGCGCGAAUUCGAGUUCUUCGACGACAGCGAGAACGACCUUCGCACAAUCGAAACAUCUGGUGCGGUGUCCACGCCGCAGCGAUCCAACGCCCGACUCGACCGCCGCUCGUUCCUGACCGGUGCCGCCUCCCUCGCGGCGCUCGCGAGCGUGCCCGCGCCGGCCCGCGCCCGCGCAACGCCCCGCCCGACGAAGCCCGCGAAGAACCUCAUCUUCGCCGUCGCCGACGGCUGCGGCCCGGGCGCGAUCACGGUCGGCGAGCACUAUUCCCAGCUCCGCGACGGCCGGUCGCUCAACUGGACCGGCCUCUUCAACGACCCAGACGCCACCACCUCCAUCGUGUCGACCGAGUGCGCCGACGGCUACGUCACCGACUCGGCCGCGUCCGCGAGCGCCUGGGCGAUCGGCGAGACGUGCAACUACCGCGCCGUGAGCUGGACGCCCGACCACCGCGCCCCGCGCCCGCUCUUCCUCCGCGCGAGAGACGCCGGCAAGGCCAUCGGCAUGAUCUCGAACACCUACCUCUGGGACGCCACACCCGUCGCCUGGGUCGCCAACGGGCCGGACCGCAAGACAGCUCGGUACGAGCUGGCCGAGCAGCUCGUCGAGUCCGGCUGCGACGUCGCGCUCGGCGGCGGGCAGGAGACCUUUAAGCCCGACAUCCUCGCGCUCGACCCGUCGAUGCGUGUCGUCCGCACGCGCGACGAGCUCGGGCGCUUCGCGCGCACGCCCGACCGGCUCCUCGGCCUCUUCGCGCGGGAGAAUUUCCCCUACCGCUUCGAGUACGACGGCGACACGCCCGAGCUCGCGGGCAUGCUCGACGUCGCGCUGGGCCGGCUCCGCAGCGCCUCGCCCGACGGCUUCACGCUCCUCAUCGAGGGCGCCAAGGUCGACCACGCGGCGCACGCCAACGACGGCGCCUCGCUCUGCAACGAGCUCGCCCACUUCGACGAGACCCUCGGCACCCUCAUCGACUUCGCGAAGCGGGACGGCGAGACUCUCCUCGUUGUCACCACCGACCACGCCAACGCCAACCCGGCCCUCACCGAGUACGCCGGUGGCGGCGCAAAGCUCUUCCGCAAUAUCCUCAAGCCGACGCACUCCUUCGAAUGGCUCAUCGGGCAAGCCAAUCUGGAAAUGGGCGUCCGCCGACGCGCCGACGUGCUCUUCGAGAGCUUCCGGCAGAGCACCGGCUACCCGCUCACCAACGACGACUUCGCCCAGAUCGAGCGGUUCUUCGCGGACCAGUCGAUCGACGGCUACGGGACCAACAGCAAGCUCCAUUGCCUGAUGGGCGCCAUCUGCGCCAACCACACAGGCCUCGCCUUCCUCUCCCCCAACCACACCUCCGACCCCGUCACCGCCACCGCGCUGGGCCCGGGCCACGAGCUGUUCGAUCCGUGGAUGCACAUCUCGGAGAUCCACCACAAGCUCGUCGCGGCGCUCGACCUCCCCCCCCUCGCCUGA